AUUGAUUUUAGCAAUUACUAAUUCUUGUCCCUUGAAAGUGAAGUUUAUAUGUUGCCUGGCGUGAAGUUUAUUUCUACUUCAUCUUUAAAGUAGGUGACCUAGUGAAGUUAUGAAAUAUGAGGCAAGAAUUAAAUUGUACCCCAAUGUGACCAAGUUCUGUACUGUAUACUGUACCAAUAUAUUAGAAAGGUAAAGUUGCCAGGCUCACCUAGCGAAAUUGGAUAGCUUCCUCUUUUCUGUCUUGUGCUAAAUCAUGUUGGUUUGUUCUUUAUAUAUUGUGGUUUUUUAUACUCUCUGGAGACUGGAGGGGGCAGCUGGUCUUUCAACCAGUGUUUUGUUCUGAACUGUAUUUACAAUUGCACAGCUUUAUCACAGGCUACAUGGUUACCAUAACGUAUUGUUGGAAUUUUCAAGAUGGUGAUACUUCCACUUCUAGGCCAGCUUGCAGAUGAGCAUGGGCGGAAACCAGUGCUCCUUCUUACCAUAUCUACUUCCAUAUUUCCCUUUGCAUUACUUGCCUGGAAUCAGUCUAAGGAAUUUGUAUAUGCUUACUAUGUGCUUCGUACAAUUUCGUAUAUUCUAAGUCAAGGGAGUAUUUUCUGCAUUGCUGUUGCUUAUGCGGCAGAUGUUGUCGAUGACAGUAAGAGGGCUGCAGCUUUUAGUUGGAUUACAGGUCUUUGCUCUGCUUCACAUGUAUUAGGAAAUCUACUGGCACGUUUUCUUCCUGAAAAAUACAUUUUCCCGGUUUCAAUAGCUCUCUUGAUAUUUUGUCCAGUUUAUAUGCAACUCUUUCUGGUUGAGACAGUUAAACUGGCUCCCAAAAGGGAUCAAGAUUCAUCUUGCUUUACAAAGACAAUUAAUAUUUUCCAUAAACGAUUCAAAUCAAUGAGAGAUGCAGCCACAAUAGUUAUAAGCAGUCAAACACUCAGGGGCAUUUCUCUUGUUUCCUUCUUCUAUGAAUUGGGAAUGUCUGGCAUUACUGGUGUCUUAAUGUACUAUCUGAAGGCUGCUUUUGGUUUUGAAAAGAAUCAAUUUUCUGAAAUUCUGAUGAUGGUUGGAAUUGGUUCGAUUGUGUCUCAGAUGCUGGUGCUUCCUGUAAUCAAUCCAUUGGUUGGAGAGAAGGUGAUAUUGUGCAUGGGUUUACUUGCUUCAAUAACUUAUGCAUUAUUUGACGGCCUUGCUUGGGCAGCAUGGGUGCCAUACCUGAGUGCCUCAUUCAAAGUUGUUGUUGUCCUUGUACGACCUGCUACUUAUGCUAUCAUUUCCAAAGCAUCAAGUUCAACCAAUCAGGGAAAAGCACAAGGAUUUAUUGCUGGUGUGGAAUCAAUAGCUAGUUUGUUAUCACCACUUGUAAUGAGCCCAUUAACUUCAUGGUUCCUAUCUAAGAGUGCCCCAUUCAACUGCAAAGGUUUCAGCCUUGUAUGUGCAUCCAUAUGCAUGGUUAUUGCUUUAUGUUAUGCUUGCUUGCUUAAACCCGAUGAAGCCUCAAACUGUGGUUCGGAGUCGGCGGAUGACAUUGAAGCUCCACUUCUAGGUGAUCGUUGAUGAUCCAUUGAUUGUAGGUCUCAAGUAGUUUGUAAAUAUUUUUCUUGGCGGAUAAUGUAAAUAUUCAGCAUCCUUGAGUAGAUUGAUGUUGCAAUUAUGGUAGCGCAACCAAGUUUUCAGUAUGCAAUUUUCUUAAGAAA